UGGCGUGACUUUCAAGCAAACACUUUCUGUAUUUAAUUUGAGUCAAAAAACAACUACCAGUCCCUACAAUAGCUUUGCUAAUAAUACUUAACCCUUAAAAAUAUGAUUUGAAUUUGUUUAUUGAUCGACGAGUUUGUAAAUGUCAUAAUUGAUUGACUAUUAGUUAUUAUUGAAAGAUUGGGUCAAUUAAUUGAAUUUAUUUGUUAAAAAUAUAUUUAUUGUUUUGAUAAUUGAUGUUAAAUAUACCGGUAUAUCAUAUAAAACUGUAGGACUAAUGUUCACCAAAUGAUGUCAUAUCCAAAUUGUCAUACAAUGACAGCAAUUGUUUAAUUUAGUGAUAAUAAUAAUAAAUAAUUAGUCAAACAUUGAUUGACACAUAGUUUCAUAUUUUUCAUUCACAUUAGUCUAAAGUUUUGUUACUUUCAAUUCCGGACUCUUUUUUAUUAAACGAUUAGUUAUCCGAUAAUAAACUUUAAAUUAUUUAUAAAUAUUUAAAGUUUAUUUGCGCUAAAGUUUGCAUUUAAUUUCAACUGACUUUUAAUGAAAAUGAUUUUAAUUAAAGUAUUUCAAAGAAAUGUUUGCUUUGCUAUAAAAGCUAACUUUUCAACGACUGCUGCCAUUAAUAAACAGGCGGGUUUGGAUACAUCGACCAGAAUAUUAGCUAAAAGUAUUACAUUAAAACAUUUAAACUAUCAAUCAAGUCGUUUAUCAACUAUUGAAGACAAGAAUAGUAAUGAAAGUGAUAAUAGCUUAAGAUCUCGACCAUUGGUGGUAUUGUUGACGUGGCUGAUGGCUCAGGAAAAACAUGUCGACAAAUAUAGCAAUCUUUACCUACAAAAAGGCUUUGAUGUUUUGACAGUGAAGACAAAUCCAUUUGAUUUAAUGUUUCCUUCAAUCGGUUCCCGAAAAAUAGCACAGAAUUGUGUGACAGCCCUCAACACAGAGCUAUCACAAUAUCCUUCAGUAAUACUUCACGCCUUUAGUGUCGGCGCCUAUCAGUUUGGAGAAAUGCUUCUUGAAAUACAAAAGCAACAAAUAGAGAACAAUGAAGACAAAGACGGCUUAAAUGGUAGGAUCAAAGGUAUUGUCUUCGAUAGUGUUGUUCCGUUUGAAGAGCUCUCAAAUGGUGUCUCGCGUUCACUGACAACAAACCCAUUCUUAUAUAAAAUAAUAAAAUCCUCAAUUAAUGGUCACUUAAAAGUAUGCAAACGUUUUGCUACAAAAUACUAUAAGGCUUCCUCUCAAGCGGUUUGGGGUAAUUAUAUGCGAGUGCCAGCACUGGUAUUGGUCUCACAAAAUGAUAGGAUUGGCACGGCUUCAGCUAAUAGAAGAUUGACCGAUGUUUGGCGUAAAUUAGGUAUUGAUGUGACAUUCAAGUGCUGGGAUGAGAGCGGUCACGUCCAGCACCUGCCUAAACAUCCCAUUGAAUAUGAAGAACUUAUCGACAAGUUUCUCAACAAAAUCAAUAUUCAUUCAAAUAUUAUUCGCUAUUAACUUAUUAUUUUUAUUAUUGUCGCUAAUCUUUUAUAAAUAUAAAUAUUACAAUUUAUUAAACA